AUGUUUAGUACAGAAACUGGUAAACGAUCAACUACACCUAAAAAACAACGAUCAAGAUCUCAAUCUCAACAAAAAGAACGUAUUCAAGAAGAUGCGGGUGUACGAACAAGUUUGCCACCAUGUGUCGAUGGUCCUGUUUAUGCGAUUCUUAUCUGCCAUAUACCUAAAUUUCGUUGGAUUCCAAAGCAUCAAACUCUCUGUCGAUCUAUAACUAUUAAAACUACAUGGUGGGGUGAAGAUGACGCUUCAGCGACAUUCAAACCGCAAAUUUCUGGUACUUCACCUGAUCAUCAUCAACAACCGAGUACUACAGUAAAAUAUUAUAUUCGAUGUGAACUCAGACAAUUUUCAAAAUAUUUAAUAGAUGCUGCUGAACUAGUACUUAAAGUAUAUGACACUGAUGCAAAUCGUAUGAUUGGUACUGCUAAAGUGAAAAAUUUAUCGACACUUUCAACAAGCAACCCUAUCAAAGGUUAUCUCUCUGUAUUCUCAAACAAAGGCGAUAAAUUAGCUGAAUUACUUGUUGCAUUACGUAUUUUUCUUCCUGGAACUCAUGAUAGCAAUGAAAAUCUAACAGCACUAAGUUAUAUAUCUGAUGUAAGUAAUUCACCUUCACGACGUAAUUCAUUUGGAGCCAAUGAUUAUAAUCAAGGUGAUCAACUUGAAAAUGGUCUACAAACGUAUACAAUCGAUCGAACUUAUAAUGUAGAAAAUCUGAAGUCAGCAUCUUCGAAUGAUACGAAACAAUAUCAUAGAACUAAUGGAAAAAAUGCACCACCUGGUAUGCAAGCAUAUAAAGCACUUCCAUCUGGCAAAGUGAUUGAAGAAUUAAUUGAGCGAGCUAAUCGUCUUCGAGAAAACGUAGCUAAAUCAUCAUUACAACAACCGACAGCUAUCAGAAAAAAUAACCAUUCUAUGGAACCAACAUUUAGUAGUACUCAUAAAACAGAAACUUACGGAAAUAAAUCAUGUGAACUUCUAAUUGAUGAUAUAGAUUCGGCAAUUGAUAGUGAAACUAUGUAUGAUAUGAUCGGUGUAAAAUCAUCAUUAAAAUCAACUGCAAAUUUAAAUGAUUCAUAUCAUUCACUUUUCAGUGAUCUCGAUGGAUUAGAAAAUGAACAAAGUCUAUUAGAUGAUCUUCUUUAUGGUGGUAUAACAGGAAGUGAUCAUAAUAAUAAUAAGACUAAAACGCAUAAUACAAGUUUAAAUAGUACAAAUCGCAAUCAUCAUUCGUAUAGUAAACCAUCAACAGGUCGUUCUCGAAGUCCUAGUCUAACACGUGUUAAUGGAAUAACGAAUCGAUCACGUUCAUCAGCACGAAGUCAAAGUUUAACGCGAAGUUGUGACAGUGAUGUAGGUUCACGUGUUUCAUUUGAUGUUCAUCAUUCCGAAAUUGACGAUAGUGGAAAUGAAAGUCACGAUGCAGAUGAAUUAAAUAUUGAACGUAUACAAUUGUUAAGUUAUGUUCGUACAGCUCGUAUUCGUAUCGAUUAUCUUCGUCUAAAUACUCUCAAUGAUCGAGAAUCACCAUCACUUUCAUCGUUUGGAAGAACAAAUAAAAGUAAAAGAGCGAUAAAUUAUUAUAUUGAAUAUCAAUUUCCAACUAUGGUUAGUAGUCGUGAUGGUCAAAUAAAUGAAAUAACGGAAGUUAUGAAAAUAGCUUCAAAACGUUUUGAAUCAAACAAUGAUAUAACUUUUUCUCAUUUAUCAACAUAUCCAUGUUAUUUUAAUGAAACAACAUUAAAAAGCUGGUGGCGUUCAUUAUUAAUAUUUAAAAUUUAUAGUCGUAUGUCAGGCACAAGCAAUCCAGAACAAAUUGGUUUUGCUAUUGUGCCACUACGCAAUAUAUUUACAGCUGAUUAUUUACAUAUUGAACAAGAUAUAAAUGUUAUUGAUCGUACACAAAUGAAUAAUAAUCAAAGAAUUCCAAAUAAAGUAGCAAAGAAAUUUUGUAUUGGUCAAUUACGUUUAAUGUUUGAACUUGAUUCUGAUAAAAAAGAUUUUAAAAGUGAACUUGAUCAAAUUCAAAUAAUGGAACAGACGAAACCAAAACCUCAACAAAUUUUAAAAGGAAAAAAAAUUAAAAAAUCAAAAAAAUCAAUUCUCCAUGCAAAUAAUAAUAAUAAUUUACAUCUACCGAAAAGUUUUCUAUCAAAUGAACCACCAGACUUAACCGAUGGAAUAGUCGUACAACUAUAUCUUUCAAUUGUUGAAGCUCGAAAUAUUCCACAAGUAGCAAAUAAUAGUAAUCUACCACGAAAUCCUUAUUUCAUUUGUCGAGCAUUUUGGAACGAAGAACCGAUUACAUCAGUUGUUUGCUGGGGAAGUUCAACGCCAAGAUUCAAUUUUCAACAGAAAAUUCCAUUAUUACUCACAAGAUCCACCAUUGAAAAAAUGCAUCAAAAUUUUAUUAUAAUUGAAUUAUGGGAUAAAAAAAUAUCUGGACCAUCUGAUCAAAUAAUUGGUUUUGUUAAAAUACCAUUAGAACAAUUUCAUAUCUCAUUUAGAGAUAAACAAAUAAGUCGAGUUCUUUUACGUGCACAAUAUCCAGUAAUAGGUGUAGACUCUUGGAUGGCUAUUAUCGAUCCAUUUACAAGUACAAAUAAAUCCUCGGGCGAAAUUCAAAUUUUCUUAGCUAUGGGUACAACCGAGCAAAUAACAGCCGUACAAGUAACUAAUGCAGGUGGAGAUUUAUUUCCUUCAUCAAUAAACAAUAAAACAACAUCAGUAAUAUAUAAUAAUGAGCAAUCAUCGCCAACAUUCUCCACCUCAUCAUCAUCAUCUUUAAUUGAACAUCAUUUUGAAAUAAUGAUUGAAAGUAUAAAUGGUUUACGUGCAUUUGAAUCUAUGGUAUGGGGUGAAAGUGAUUGUUUUAUACAAUAUUCAUUUCCUAUUGAACAUGAACAACAAUUAACCAAUGUUAAUGCAAUAAAACCAUUUAAACUUCGUACGAUACGUACAGCUACUACACUAUGUACAUCGGAUCCAACAUUUCACGAUACAAAUAAAUUUCGCUAUGUAUUAUCACCUGCUGAUGCCCUGCAUAAAUAUUUUUAUGCUGCUUGUCAAUCUUCGACACCGAUUGAAGCUAGUAUUCCAUUUGAAGUUUGGUCAAGAUUUUAUUAUCCGAAUAUUCGUGAUCAGCUUUUAGCGAAAGGUAAAUUAUCAGCUGCAAAAUUAUGUAGUAUGACAACGAUGAUGGAGGCCGAUAUCAAUGAGAAAUCUAUGCAGUCAUUUCGUAUACCAUUAGAAAUUGUAAGAGAUGAUCCUAAGCAUGAACAACAUCAUUGUUCAUCGACACCAGUCUAUGGAGGAGAUCUAUUAGUAACAGUUACUUAUAAACGAAAUGUUAUUAUGCGAAACGAGUCGCAAACAAUUCCUGGCCAUUUAUCCAAUGAUAAUUCUCAAGUGUGUAUUUCGGUUGGUGUUAUUCGUGUUUGUGGUUUAAAACAAGUUGCCAUGCUUCAAGCACUACAUGAUACUAAUUUUAGUUAUCCAUCUCAAGUGGGUCUUAAUACUUAUGCAAAAAUAACAUUAUCAUUUCUUUCCGAUAUGGAAUCUCGUUCAACAAAAACAAUGGGUCGCAGUUUUGUACCUGAUUUUAAUCAUACAAUUAAUUUUCCUAUUCCGUUAAUAUGGAGUGAUCAUCGUAGUCGAUCAAUAUCACUGGCUGAAAUGCUUGAACAUGGCGAAUUAAAAAUUGACCUUUUUCAUAAAAUGAAUUCAGAUUCACAGGAAAAACAGACAUUAGAUAUACACAUAUGUUAUUGUAAAAUUCCAUUCAAAGAAUUACUUAUUCGGCAUACAGGAAUCAAAGGUUGGUAUCCAUUAGCUAGUGCUAAUAGUGUUGCUCACUCAGAUUUAUCGUCCGAUUCAACUGAUAAUUGUGUUGGUGGUAUUGAAUUAUUUGUUCGUUUUGGAGAACAAGAUGAUCGUCGUCGGCUAAUUGAUUCAGCAAAGAAACUUGGUUGGCUCGAAGCAAAUAAAUUAGAUGAAGAAAAUUUUCUUGAUGAUCAAAAAGAUCUUGGUUGUCUAGUAAAAUUAUCGAUUGAUCGCAUUCAAUUUCCUACUCAACUUAUAACACAGACAGAUAAAGAUCGAUUAAGUGUUUUUGCACAAUAUCGAUUUUAUGAUAAAAUGCCAAUCAUCACCAAACGAAAAAAAGCCACGGUUGACAGAAAUAACGUCAAAUGUGAACUUCAAUUUAAUAAAGAACAUUUAUUCCUAUGUAGUGAACCAUUCCUGUGGUAUUUACGUGAAGAAAAAUUAGAAAUACAAAUUUGGUCAAGUGAAAAUGAUACGUAUGAUUAUUCACAAUCGUUAGCAUCAACAACAGAUAAACUCAUUGGUUCAGUUUAUGUUGAUUUAAAUUUAUUGUGCAACAGAAAAAGAAAAUCACAUCGAUUAAGUGCGAUUUUACCAUUAUUUAAACAAGGAACAAAAGAUUUAACUGGUGCAUCUGUACAAAUACAUCUCGCAAUUGAUAAAUCAAAAGAUUUUAAUGAAUUAAGGAACCAAAAUGGUCUCGAUACAGCUGAUGAUGCUGAACUUGAUUCUUACUUAGACAACCGCUAUUUGAAUUCAAUAAGCAACGAUCGUACACUUCGUAAUAUAACAAAUAAUAUUUUCUCAGUUUUAAUCAAUAUUGAACAAGCUGCACAUUUACCAAAUAUCUUUAAUCAACAUGACAAUACUCAUACUCCACCGAAUCCAUAUGUAACAUAUGCAACAGCUGAUUCAAAUCAUUUAUGUCGUACACAAGUAUUAACAUUAACAGCAAAACCUCAAUGGAAUCAUCAACAAUCUGUUAAAUUAUCGAUUGAACAUUUAUUUAAUGAAAAAAAAGUAUUUAUACUAAAAGUGUGGCAUAAAAUUAAUGCCGAUAUUGAAUCAAUUCCAGAAAAAUCAGGUGAUAAAGUUCUUGGUUUUGUUUCCAUCGAUUUAAGUCCGUUAUUAUCUGGUUUACAACAAAUAUCUGGUUGGUACAAUAUAGUUGAUACAGUUGGGAAUGUUCAAGGGCAAUUAAAAAUAAGUAUGACACCACAAGACGAUCUUUUUGAAUUCAAACGUAUGAAAUACAAUUCUCAACAAUAUCAACCAAAACUUGAUUCAGUCCGUUCAACUUCAAUAAAAAGUGGAACGAUACCAUCAUUAACUCUUAAUGAUCUUUCUGCAAGAUCUAGUAAUGGUGCAACUGCAAGUUUAAAUUCUUCAACGAUUGAAGACGAAACUAACAAAGAAUCAUUUUUAAGAAAUAAUCUUCGACGACAAUUGGGUGAACUCGAUGUUAUGACUGAACGUUUAAAAGCUCGUUAUUAUUCAAAUUCUGAAACAUCAUCAACAAGUCGAAUAAAUAGUGCUUCGUCGGUUCCAGCAAUAAAUUUAUUGAAUUUACCAUUAAAUAAAAAUCCAAUUAGUCAAGAUACUGAUAGUACACAUUCAACAGCAACAUCAACAAUUCAAAGAGAUUUACUAGAACAAUUUCCUGAAUCAUUAAGUGGUAAACCAUUGAUUAGUAACGGUCUUAAUGUAACCGAUGUACUUUGCUUACACAAUGAUCAAGUUCGUCUUGCACAAGAACUUGUGGCAAAAGCAAAUCAUUUACUUGAAGCAUCAAAAGACUUUUUUGAAAAACCUCCAACUGUUCCGACGCCGCCAGUAUCGUCAACAAUAGUUGAAAAGACAUCUGUUACAUCAUUCUCACCACCACCAAUGUUGCCAAAUUUUAAUUCAACGAAAGAAUUUCGAACAGAAGAUUAUUCACCGAGAAUCAAUACAACAAACGAACACGUAAAUAAUUCAUUCGAAGAACAUCAGCAUCUAAAUGAUUCGAUCAUAUGGUCUGAUGACGAAGAUAAUGAGCAUGACCAAAGUUUUCUGCCUAUUGGUCUUCCACCAACACAUCAUCGUUCAGUAAAAGCAACAUCUAUAACAUCACCAUUACAUGCCGAAGACAAGUCAACACUUGACGAACAACAAGAUGAUAUUGAUAUUAUUCAUAUCCGUCCAUUAAAUAAUCUAUCUGCAUUUAAUUUCGAUUGUCAACAAAUGAAUGCAGAACGACUUACUGGUUCUUUGACAAGUGAUGUUCAUAAUGAGUCAUUACAUCGUCCCGUAUAUUCUCCCGAUAUAACAAUGAAUAACAAUCAAAAUCCAUAUAAGAGUACUUCAUAUGAUCGUCAGUCCCCAGAACCACAAUCAUCUUCUUCUGAUACAUCCAUCAUCGAUGGCACAAAUACACAAACGAAUCAAAUCGAUUCAUCUAAUCGGAAAAAGACUUCACUAAAUUUUUUUCAAUCAAAUCACGAAAUGGAAGUAUCAAUGAAACAGCUUUCACAAGCAUUAACAACAUCAGCAACAAAUUCUACAUCAAAUAAUCUUAUUAGAACAAUACAUGAACGAGUUCAUAGUAAAUUACCAAUUGAAAUAACAAAUACAAAACGUAUCGAACAAAUUUUUCACACUAAAUAUCCUUCAAGUUAA